AUGUCCGGCUGCAAGUACUACCCCCCGGAGGACUUGGACGAGCUCGAGGAACUGGCCGAGGCCGCCACCGGCCCGCAGCAAGAGGCUGCGCUCCAAAUCAUCGCCGCACACUUCCAUGAUGCGCAUCUAGCCUAUGGAGUUAUGGGGGGCUUGAACUUCUGCGUGCGUGGCUCCGGUCGAGCAACCCAGGAUGUGGAUGUGGCUGUUAGCAAGAAUAGGAGCUUGGAAGCAACACUCGGGCUCCUGUCGGGUGACAACCGCAUCACUCGUCCCAAGAGCAAGACGGCCUGGGUCAGCGGCGUAGCGCGUAUUUUUGUCCUCGUCGGGCGCCAGCAGGUACAGAUUGACCUCAAAUGGCAGCGCGCGGAGGGUCACGACUUUGACGGCGAUUACACCGACUUGCGGUUUGUGUGCACCGACAAGCGCUACAGAAACGCCGUCCGGGAAAUGGCCGAUGCGAUCCCGCGAGCUCAACGGAUGGAACUUCUCGAGGAAGUUGAGGAGCAUAAUCCCAAAAGCGUCGCAACCGUUGCGUACGCAUUGAAGCUCGACGACACGCCUGCUCCAGAGCCAGCUCGCCCA